AUGGCAUUAGUACCUCAAAGGACAAGGCGUGAACGCCAUAUGUUUGCAUCAUCUGAUGACAAUGCAAUGAUGAAGCAAAUUCAGGCCACUCAUGCUCCUGAUGGCCGUGAAUUUUCUGUGAAGCCUCUUCUUCAUAUUGUUGAGGACAUUUUGCUCCGUGCUACCCCUGCCCCAGGCAUAAACAACAUUGUUCAGAAUCAGGGAAUUCAUCAAGAGCAACUUGAUGCAUUGGAAGAGAAGGCUCUUCAAAAUGGCUUUCACGAAAUGAUCGAUAUGCUGUCUUAUACAAUCAACAAAAUUUCCUGCGAGAUGUCGUGCAAGUGUUCUGGAGGUGGAGAUGCACAUGCAACAACUUUGGCAAUAUUCAACCUAGUAUCGAACUACUCAUGGUCCGAAAAGGUGGUGCUAGCAUUAGCUGGAUUUGCCGUGAACUAUGGCGAGUUUUGGCUUGUCGGCCAGCUUUACCUUACAAACCCACUAGCUAGAGCUGUUGCAAUGCUGCAGCAAUUGCCGGAUAUAAUUGAACGAGCUGACAAUUUGAAACAAAAGUUUGAGGCACUUACAAACCUUAUCAGGGCCAUGAUGGAUGUGGCCACAUGCAUAGUUGAGUUCACGGAGCUUCCAUCUCAAUACAUCACCUCUGACACUCCAGAAAUGUUAACUGCCACUGCUCAUAUCCCCACUGCUGUUUACUGGACCAUCAGGAGUAUGGUGGCUUGCUCGUCACAAAUUAUGGGCCUCAUUGGCAUGGGUCAAGAGUACAUAGCAUCCACAACAGAGGCUUGGGAGUUAUCGAGCUUGGCCCACAAGGUCAAUAAUAUUCACGACCAUCUCUUGAAGCAGCUCACUCUUUGUUUGCAACACAUAGAUGAGAAAAGACAUAUUGAAGCAUAUCAAACACUUGUGAUCCUGUUCGAAACUUUCCACGUUGACAACAUGAAGAUUCUCAAGGCUUUGAUUUAUGCUAAAGACGAUCAACUACCUCUCAUUGACGGUUCCACCAUGAAAAGGGCCAGCCUUGAUGUGUUGAGGAGGAAGAAUGUGUUGCUGCUGAUUUCGGACCUCGAACUCUCCCAUGAAGAGCUUUCAAUGCUGCAAACAAUGUACAGGGACGCCCGGAAGAACCCAGAGAGUCAGUUCGAGGUCGUAUGGCUCCCAGUUGUAGACAUAUACACCCCAUGGAAUGAAACAAAGCAACAGCAGUUUGAGGAUUUUCAAUCGAAAAUGCCAUGGUACUCUGUUUAUCACCCCUCAUUGAUAGUUGUUGCAGUCAUCAGGUACAUCAAAGAGGUAGACCAAGGGAAGUUCAUAUGCUUGUUUGGUGGGGAGGACAUGGAGUGGAUCCGUAAAUUCACCGCGACUGCACUAGCUGUUGCAAAAUCUGCCGAUAUACAGCUAGAAAUGCUCUAUGUAGGGAAGAGCAACCCCAGGGAGAAAGUCAGAAAAAAUAACACUGUUAUUGAAAAAGAUAACCUUAGCCGUGUUCUGCCAGACCUUACUUUGAUCUGGUUCUUUUGGGUGAGGCUGGAGAGCAUGUGGCAUUCAAAGGUGCAACACAAGAGGACUGUAGAAAAUGAUCCAAUCAUGCAGGAGAUAAUGACAAUGCUCAGCUUUGAUGGAAGCGAUCAAGAGUGGGCUGUGGUCAGUGAGGGAUCUGCUAAAAUGGCUAAGGCAAAGGGGGACACCAUAUUGAAGAGUUUCCUUGAGUUCGAAAGCUGGAGGGAAAGAGCAGCAGAAAAGGGCUUUAUGCCUGCACUGAAUGAUCACCUCCACGAACUCCAUAGCCCAUUCCACUGCAACCGGCUUAUACUGCCAGGGACUACCGGGGGCAUCCCAGAGAGGGUUGUUUGUGCUGAAUGUGGUCGUCCCAUGGAGAAGUUCAUCAUGUAUCGUUGCUGUACCGAUUGA